AUGACUCGUCUCUAUAGUACGUUCAUUGACUGGAUUUCUAGAAAGAAAGUCGAGGAGGGAAAGAAACAACUCAAGCACUCGACCAAGACCAAGAGCUCUCCCCACACGAACACAGGCUCCACAACGGAAGCAACUCCCGCCUCGAUUGCUUACACUUGCAUCUCAACAUCUGAGCCUGGCACGAGGAGAGAUGAGCAUGCGAGCGCCAUACAUGCCAGUCGGUUGCACGCCAUGAUUUCGGGCAUAUCAAGGCUUCUAGGCCUGUCCUUUNUGUUCUGUCUGGGCCUUCCGUUCGCGCUGUUUGCCCUCUUCACGACCACUCUGGCGCUGGGCACUCUUCUCCUACGCCUACUGUUCGUAUAUUUCGACCUAUUCCUCGCCAUUCUCAAUGGCGCGAUAACUCCAUCAUCACCUCCCACGCCUCUCGCAUCCNCCAAGUGCCAGACCCGCACGACGCAAAAGCACACGACACCGCCUACACCUUCGGCAGCGCUCAAAAAGACACCCUCAUUCGCAAGUCUGGUUGGCAGCGGAACGGAUAGAGACUUUGAGGGCGUGGGAGGCUGGAGGUACCCCGAGAGCGCAGAUGAAGAGGCUCUGGAACAGAAGGAGCAAGACAGAGUUGUCGCUUCUGGGCGCGUGCGCUUUGGCCGUGAGGCUGGCAAGUCCCAACUAAUUUGCUUCGAUUCCACCCUCUUCCCUCGCGCACUCGACAUCUUCUUGCAUACAACCCACUCUGCACUCGUCGGAAUCUACCCUCGAGCUCCUGCAUACCCGAAUCAAGCUCCUCCGUACAACUCUGUGCCCACGCGCCUUGUCGACGACGACACCCAAUACCACAACCACCGACGCGUUCCCUCGUCCACCCUCGCAAUCAUGUCUGGAGAAGCCUGGCUAUACCUGAUAGCCGUCCUUAUCAAUGCCGUCAACCUCUUCCUCCAAGUCUUCUUCACCAUCAUGUACAGCGAUCUGGAAUGGUAUGCCCGACCCCGACCCUCACCGCCGCCUUGCCAGUCCAAGCAUGCUGACCUGUUAUCCUCGUNNAGCGACUACAUCAACCCUAUUGACCUUUGCAACCGCCUCAACACCUACAUCGUCCCCGAAGCUGCCGUCCACGCUUUCCUCACCAUCUUGUUCCUCGUCAACGGUUACUGGAUCGCCUUGAUCCUCAACCUGCCUCUGCUUGCUUGGAACGCAAAGAAGUCAAACCAACACCUCCUGGAUGCGACCGAGAUCUUCAGAAAGCUCAACGUCCACAAGAAGGUAAGCUCUUGUGCCGACCACUAUCAAGACUUGCACGUAGCUGACAUUGCUCCAGNNGAAUCUUUCAUCAAGCUUGGCUUCCACCUCGUCAUGUUCUUCUUCUACCUCUACAGCAUGAUCGUCGCCCUUAUCCGCGACGAGUCGCACUAG